AUGGCUAUGGGCUCAGCACUUGUGGCUAUUUUGGCUUCUGUCGCUGCUCUAGGGCAAGCCGCUGUCGUUGGUCGCCAAUACGCUGUUGCAGUGGAUAAAAUCGGUACCCAGGAAGAUAUAUUUCGUUUCUUGGGAGGGGCCGGUCCUUACUUCUCGUUCCCUUUCGACAAUGGAAUUCCUGAGCAAACACCUGACUGCUGCAAACUGAUGCAGGUUCAACUGUUCGCUAGACAUGGCGAGAGAUUUCCUACCAAGAAAAAGGGAAAUAAGAUUCUGGAGACUUAUUAUAAGCUGGCCAACUACACCGGUACUUUCAAUGAAUCUUUGUCAUUUUUGAACGACGACUACGAGUUCUUUGUUCGGGAUCCUGAGUAUUAUGAAGAAGAGACCACGUUGAAGAACUCUCUGAACCCGUUGAACCCUUACACUGGCGAAAGGGACGCUCAAAGGCACAGCCAAAAUUUUUUGGCGCUGUACAAGAAUCUGCUUAACGAGACUUCAAGCUUUGCGGUGUUCACUUCCAACUCUAAGAGAUGUCACGACACCGCUCAAUUUUUUAUUGACGGUUUAGGCAAUGAUUACAAUGUCUCUCUGCAAGUCAUUGACGAAGCUCCUUCGUCCGGGGCUAACAGCUUGACCCCAAGAUACGGAUGUGCUAACUUCAGCGAGAGCGAGAAUGACGGAUAUGUGAGGACUUACUCUCGGGAAUACCUGUCUAAUCUUGCCAAAAGGUUGAACAUCGAAAACAAGGGUUUGAACUUGACUAAUUCUGACGCCGAAAACUUAUUCUUUUGGUGCGCCUACGAGUUGAACGUUCGCGGUUACAGUGAUAUCUGCAGCAUCUUCACAGAAGAAGAACUUAUUCACUUCUCUUAUCAAGAUGACCUGGAAAGCUAUUAUGAAAACGGAAACGGGAAUUCCUUGGGAGCAGUUGCUGGUUCGAUUCUAUUCAAUGCUUCUGUUGAAUUAUUGAAGCAAAGCGACGACCUCGAACAGAAGGCUUGGUUAAGUUUCACUCAUGAUUCCGAUUUAAUCAAUUAUAUUGCUGCCGUUGGUCUAUUUGAUAACGGGGUCAAACUAAACACCUCAUACGUGCCUUUUCGCGACCACGUUUACCGUAAGUCCUGGAUUGCUCCACAAGGUGCUAGGAUAUACACACAAAAAUUCAGUUGUUACAACCAGUCUUAUGUUAGGUAUGUCGUGAAUGACGCCGUUAUCCCUAUCGAAAGCUGUAGUUCCGGUCCGGGCUUUUCCUGCCCACUGGAACAAUUUUAUGAUUACGCUGAAAGCAGACUUAGCGACAUUAACUUUUCCGACAAGUGUGGAAAGAUCAUUGCAACUAACGCUACUUCCUUAACAUUUUACUGGGAUUACAAGACGAGAAAUUAUAACGCUUCUCUGGUCAAAAAAUGA